AUGGAUGAAACUAUAAAGGAAAAUUCCCCAUGUAAACCAAAUGAUCAAAAAGAAGUCAAGACAAUCAAAAGGAGUGAACAAACUAUAUAUAACAAUAGCUCUCAUACGAUUGGAGUAUUUGAAGUCCUACAAUAUUUACGCAAAGACAAAAUCCUAUGUGAUAUUAAAAUAGAAACAGACGAUGGUACAAUUAUACUUGGACAUAAGGUCGUUUUUAUAUCAGUUAGUACAUAUUUUCGUGAAAUUUUUUCCAGUCAUAAUGAAAGCAAUCAUAUUAAUAUGAGAGAAUUAGAUUCAACCAUUCUACAACUCUUGAUAAAUUAUUUUAAUACUGGUGAAAUCAUAAUCACUAAAGGAAAUGUAAAGGUAUUGUUAGCAGCUGCAAUUCUAUUACAGUUAGACUAUGUAAAAAUAUAUGCGCCGAGAUCUUACAAACACAACUAG